AUGUCGACAUGGCAGAAGCAUUGCAGCUGUAGCCGAGCAACAAGCACCCACAUGUUCGCCAGGUCAUUCUCCAAAGCAGCCUCCCUUUUCUUCGACUCCUCGAACUUUUUCCUAUACUCAUCCUCCAAAAUUUCCUUCUCCGCCAAUGAGGCCUCUAGAGCAGCUUCCCUUUGUUUUCUAGCUUGCAGCUCCAUUUUCAGGUCAUCUGGAUCGAGACUCCACGACUCAAAAUCACUCGAGAGGUCAUUUGCUCGUCCAGAAAGCCGAGCUCUUAUACGAUUGAUCGAGAGCUCAACUCGCGAGCAGCUUAAUCUGGACAUGCUCCAGUUUGAGCUUCUCGUUUUCGAGUUCCUGCAAAUGGAGGAGAAGCAGCUUUUUCUAUCAUGGUAA